ACCUAAAAGGACAGAUAAAAAUCAUGGCUAAGAUAUCGCCCAUGUUGUCUGCCCUCUCUUUUCUCCUUAUUCUCUUGGCCGCUGUUGUAGUGGGGAAAGCUGAUGCAAAGGCACAAUGCGAUCAGGUAUAUGGACAAGAGUUUGGAGACACGUGCACUAGCAUUGCGGACAAGUUUAAUCUGUCACUGGAUUCCUUUCUUGCUAUUAAUCCAAACAUCAACUGCGACUCCAUUUUUGUCGGGGAAUGGCUUUGCGUUGGUUGAUCGUAUCUGUACGAUGAAGAAGUGAAUCCCAAAACUAGAAAAACAAAAUGGUACUGUUUAACAAUAAGAGUGUGUGUUAGUUUUCAAUGCUAGCUUCGUUUAAGUUUGUUGUUGCAGGAAGAGUAAUAAGUAAUAACGUAGCUGUUUCAUUAAAAACAUGCUGCUUUUUUAAUUCUCCAUUUUUUGUUAUGUUGUUUCAGUAUGCAACACGUACUAUUGGAAUCUUAAUUAAUGAAUCAAUGAUACGUUGUUCAUUUAA